GGGGCGGAGAUUGAGGAUGAGGCGCGAUGCUCAUCCGGGUCCUUCUGCAUCCGGGUCCUCGGUGCUUCAGGCUGGGAGGAACCCUAAAGAGAAGAGGAGCCCCCUUUCUCCUUGCAUCGAGAGAAAGAGACUGAGAGAGCUGCUCUUCAGAACGGUUCUGACAUUGACAAGCAAUGGAAGAAGAAGUAAGCCAGACACAGCCCUGUGAUGAAAAGCAACUGCCAAACUCUGAGGGUGGAUAUGUAUGGCAGGUUACUGAUAUGAAUCGAUUGUGUCGUUUCUUGUGUUUUGGUUCUGAAGGAGGUACUUACUACAUCAAGGAACAAAAACUGGGCAUUGAAAAUGCUGAGGCUCUGCUGAGACUUAUUGAAGAUGGCAAAGGGUGUGAAGUGGUACAGGAAAUAAAGACGUUCAGCCAAGAAGGCAGGGCAGUGAAACAGGAGCCUAUCUUACUGGCGCUUGCCAUUUGCUCACAGUGUUCUGAUGCAAAAACAAAACAAGCAGCUUAUAAAGCUGUUCCUGAAGUGUGUCGCAUACCAACCCAUCUCUUCACUUUCAUCCAGUUUAAAAAGGAUCUGAAGGAAGGCAUGAAAUGUGGCAUGUGGGGUCGUGCGCUGAGAAAAGCUGUUGCUGACUGGUAUAAUGAAAAGAAUGACAUGGCUAUUGCCUUGGCAGUGACAAAAUACAAGAAAAGAAAUGGCUGGUGCCAUAAAGAUCUUCUAAGAUUGUCUCAUCUAAAGCCUGCAAGUGAAGGUCUUGCCAUAGUCACUAAGUAUGUAAUGAAAGGGUGGAAGGAAGUCCAAGAGGCAUAUAAAGACAACCAGCUUUCUGCUGAAACUGAAAAACUGCUGAAGUAUUUGGAGGCAGUGGAGAGGGUGAAACAUACAAAGGAUGAAUUGGAAGUGAUUCAUUUGAUAGAAGAAUUUAGUUUAGCUAGGGAACACCUCCUGACAAGUCAUUUGAAAUCUAAAGAGGUAUGGAAAGCAUUGCUCCAGGAGAUGCCCUUAACAGCAACACUGAGAAAUUUGGGAAAGAUGACAGCAAACUCUGUUCUUGAACCAGGAAGCCCAGAAGUUACAAUAGUUUGUGAAAGAUUAAGAAAUGAAAAACUUCUGAAAAAGGCGCGAGUGCAUCCAUUCCAUGUCUUGGUUGCGCUAGAAACAUAUAAAGGAGAACGUGGCUAUAGGGGAAAACUUCAUUGGCAACCUGACAAGGAUAUUUUGGAAGCUCUCGAUGAGUCAUUUUACAAGACCUUCAAGGCAGUAGAGCCAACUGAGAAGCGUUUCUUGCUAGCUGUUGAUGUCAGUGCCUCUAUGUCCCAAAAGGUUUUGGGUAGUGUGCUGAAUGCUAGCACAGUUGCUGCAGCAAUGUGUAUGGUUGUUGCACGUACUGAAAAAGAUUCACAUAUUGUUGCCUUUUCCCAUGAAAUGGUCCCUUGUCCGGUGACUGAAGACAUGACUUUAUCUCAAGUGUUAAAGAAAAUGUCUGAGAUUCCAAUGGGUGCCACUGAUUGUUCUCUCCCAAUGCUGUGGGCUCAAAAGGCAGGUGUAGCUGUUGAUGUCUUUAUUGUCUUUACGGAUAAUGAGACCUUUGCUGGAGAUAUUCACCCUGCCACAGCCUUGAAGCAGUACAGAGAGAAAAUGGGUAUUCCAUCCAAACUGAUAGUUUGUGGAAUGACAUCCAACGGCUUCACCAUUGCAGAUCCAGAUGACAGAGGGAUGUUAGAUAUUUGUGGUUUUGACACAGGAGCACCAGAUGUCAUUCGAAACUUCACUUUGGAUUUGAUAUAACUCCGAGCAUCUGCUUUUCUGAUGUUACCAGCUGAAGACUUUGAUCUGGGAACUACCAAUUGAAUUGACUGUAAUAACUCAUGGCUGAGUUUGAGGCAUCAAUUGGAAUGUUUAACAUUUUAAAGGGGAUAUAAAGAUGGGCAGAGGCAAAAUCACUUCUGGGGAGAGUGUUUAACUCUGUUGCACACAUUUAAAAAUAGCAGUGGAAUGCCUUUUAGAAAUAGCUAUGUAAACAGUGUAUUAAUAGCUUAUCUUUAACAAGGUAUUCCAUUGCUAAAGACUUUAUUUUCCAAGAAUAAUUUUACUCUUUUACUCCCAGGUUGGGAAGUGAUUUCAAUGUUUUACAUUGUGUUGGGUUGAUAACUGUUUCCUUGUGUAGUUUUUAUUCAUUAUAUUGACAAGGAAAAGAGAGGCCAGGUCUGCACUAUAGGUUACCUCACUUCUAUCAAUGCGCAUUGGUUCGCAUUGCUUAUAGCACAUUUAUGUCUGGCAACUUGCUUCUUUGAGUACUUCCUGUGUUAGUAGGGAAUUCUGUAGCUACAGAGGUAUUUUGGGACAGCUGGUUUGUUCUAAGGGAUAUGUGGGUAUGGUUGGUUUUUAGUUCUUAAAUCCUUUUUCGAUUCCAAGCAAGUCUUGCAAGAAUUGCUUAAUUUGGCAUCCUGCUUUACGUUCUUACUGAUUUAAGAAUAAGUUAUGAGGGUUCACUAAGAUGUCUUGUGUGAGAAAAUUAGGAUCAUAUUUCUUUUCAUUACUAGAAGGGGACAAAGAAAGACACAUGCAUAUUUAUAGUGUGGUAAACAGAAGUAGGAAAUACAAUUAGACUUUAGCCUUAUUUAUAUGUUACUUGUAUGUUCAGUAGUCCCAUGAUGAAGCAGAACUGAUGCCAUGCUUCUAAACCUGCUCUUUGUCCACAUGUUGAAUGCAGAUAUUUGCAGAGGAGUCUCCCUGCCAUAUGUGAAGAAUUGCUCGCAUGCAGGGAUUACACACAAUUAUGUGGAGUUCCACAUGUGAGCAACUCUAUACAUAAGCAUUUCUUUCUAGAUUGUUCUGCUUGACACAAAAAUGUCAGAGACUGGGAUGUAAAAUUAGGAGCAAGUGAAAUUAGGAGCAAGUCUAGAAGAGCAGCCCUCCAUCUGUUUCAUCACAGGACUAACCCUAUAUGUGGUUAGCAAAUGAAGAAGGGUUGCGAAACAACUUUAUGUGUGAUGACGCUGAACUAAUACAAUAGUAAGACAUAUUAUGUGCAGUUGAGGCCAGUGAGAAACAUGUUACAAGUACCUUCAGUCGUCAGUAAAGCAGUAGUGCAGAAAAAACGUAAGAACUAACCCUGGUGUUUUUCACCUUUGUACUGUACUAUAGAGAAAUAUUUAUAGGAAUGUGUUAGACCACGUGACUGUGAUAGGGGUACAAAAGCUUCAUAUCAUAUUUUAAAAGGAGAAAACUAUGGCAAAAAUGUACUGGAUAGGUUGUGUCUAUUGUUUGUGUGAAUGGAAGGCAGCUUGUGCAACUGAUCCUUUUCCUCUGCCUCAUCUCCUCUACACUCUUCCAAAAUGAUCUGUAGCAAGUUCAAAGUCCCUCCUAAAUAAUGAUUUUAUAUGGAGAUGUAGACUGUGAGCGUUUCUCCCCCUAAAAUUCAAGCAGCAGGUCUUUGCUCCCAGGAGAGCUCUGCUGGUGAAAAACAAAACAAAAACAAACCUCAUCUGAAUCAGGAGAUAAGCUCCUUGCAGUGCAUCCUAAUAUGGCACAGCCCCUGUUCUAUUGGAGAACUCAGGUAGGAGAAGAGAAAGAUUAGUUGCACUAGCUGCCUUCUACUUCAGCAGCCAUUGCAUAGAGCAUGAUCUUAUUUGGCUUUUUUGAGAUGAAUAUGUUGAGAAUAUACAUCAGGAUGCUCUCUAGCACAACCUCCUGUGAAAAGGAUGGGAGAUGCACAAGGGCAGCUGGUGAAGGGGUUUUAAUGAUUGUUCAAACCGUUUUCUUCAUUGAGGUUGUGUAGAUGUUCAACAUACUGAACUCUUUUGCCUUUACAGAGCACUUCAAUUAAUCAGUUCAGCAGAUAGAGCAGAACUAAUAAAUAUACUGAAGUCCUUAAAUAUAAUACAUAUAAUGCAACGGUUCUUUCUUUCUAAUGGUUUUGUCACUUAGUUUGGAUUAUUUUGACAAAUUUCUUUCAAGUGCAUUUGGGAAAAUACUCCUCAAUUCAAACAGUGAUCCUAUUUGAAAAUUAAGCAUAAUUGUAACCGGGUAAUUAUACAGUACAUUCCCUAGUCUUAUACAUUUUAUAGCCAGCUACUUAUACUGUACAAGACUCAGCCUGGUAACCUUUUGCUUUGAACAGUCCAAGAUUGUAGCAACCGUCAGUUUCUUAUUUCAGUCAAACAUGUUUGCAUUGUAUUCUGUAUAAGAAAUACCACAACUAGAACAUUGUUUGCAAUGCCCCCCCCCCCCCCGUGCUUAAAAUUGCCUAGAGAGAUUGUCCUAACACCUUUUUAUACUAGUACCUAAAGAAAUAACACAGAUCAGCUAGACUGUGCAGUUGUUACAGGAUGUACACCAUAGAACCUGAUACUACGUAUAUAGUGAGAUGUGCUUAAUAUAGUUGAUGGAUUAGAAGAAUAUUUGAUUAGACUUUGAUGGAAAGGGUGUCCAGUUAACUGGAAACGCCUUUAAAGAUGAUGAUAAUGAUAUGGGUUGACAUCCCACUAGUGUUCCAUUGGUAAUAAAGUUUCCACAAAUGGAAUGGAGGAGGGCACCAGUUCCUUUCUCCAAGCCUGCUCUAGAUGAUAUGGGGAGAUGUGCAGUGGGAAAGGACAGGAAGGGGAAAAUGCUAUUGCAUUAUAAAAAGUCUGCAGCUGCAAUAUUGGAUGUACCAAUAAGCACUUAAAACUACAAGCUUAAUAUCUUCUGAAUAAUGAUUAAAAUUUCAUGAGUAAGUGGGAGUUGUUUUUGUAAGAGCUGAGGGUGUGGUUACUUUUCUACCCUCUGCAAAAGUCACAAAAGUGAUCAAAAGCAGCUCUGUUGCAAUCUUGAAGAACUUGUGGCUGCAUCAGUUUCUGUCUGUAAAUGAUCUUUAUUAAAGUAUCUGAAAAAAUGUUUCUACAGUGCUGAGCUGUUUUUCUAGCAUCUUGAAUGAUAUUUCUUCUAAAUCAGCUCUCUUGUAUAAUUUCUAAGAUAGCUCUUGAGACAUUUCCUACUUGUAAAAAAAAUAAAUAAGUAUCAUUCUGGUUCUUAAGACUAUUAUGCCUCUUCCUCUAGGGAGAUGUUGAGUGUGCGGUAUAUGCAUCCUUAAUGCACAGGUGUUAUUGGCAGGUUAAGUCAAAAUGAACACUCUGCUUAAGGAGUUGUUUUGAAACAGCUGAAAAUGGCCAAACAGAUGGUUGCUGUUAAGCCUAGAAAGAGUUGUUAUGCAUAAACUUAAACAUAAUAAUAACCUAACGGCAUAAGUAGAAAGUAAUUGAAAAAAUUGUUUAGCCUUCAACACAGAUUUAAUUUACUGAAAAUGGAAAGAGUACAGUCAUACCUGUAGCAUAUUUUUACUUUCCAUUAAAUGAAGAGUUCUCACUCUUUUGCAAGUAGAGAUCUGGGGGCAAACUUAGAUUUGCAGGGAAGAUCAGCAGGUGUCCUCUGAGAUAUAGCUUGUUCUUUUGGUUUUGCUGUUAAAGUGCCAUGAAAACAUUGUUUUUUUCUGCCCAUAUUACAAAGGAAGCUGGUAAGGAGGAAUAAUCUGGAUGGAUGAAAUGUCAUGAUCAGUCUCAUAGCCAAGGUGAAGGAAUCUUAGCCCUUUGGUCUGUAUGGUAUGGGUUGGAUCCAGAGAUUGCAUUUGGAUGAAGAAAUGUCAAAACUGACUUUCCCGUUUUCUUUUUUCUCUGCCCUCCAACUUUACAGAUGUUCUGUUAACUCCAAUGUGAAGUUACUAUUCAGAACAGUCUUUAGAGGAAAGUAUGUAGCAUUUUGUAACCUUCAGCUCAGAAUUGAUUGCAAGGGUGACCCAUUUAGGUACUUGAGGGAAAGGGAUGGAAAUAAAAGUUAAGAAUCUAGACGUGGAAACGUUUUUCAUUGGGAUGGGAAAAUGUCCUUCUGGAAAAUGAUUUUGAUUCCCAUGUCAACAGUAAUUCCUUUGUUCAGCUUAAAUGACAGACAUAAGUACAAUGAAGAUGCAAAAGAAUCUGGGGGCAAAAAGGACAGACUUCUAUUUGCUAUACAAGGGCUGCUACAUGUGCAAAGGGGAAAAAUCAAUUUGAGUGUGGAUACAGUUAUUUGGACUGAUCUGGAGAACAGAAGUUACAAUUGAACUGAAAUUGAUCUUUCUUUUUAUGUAUACCUUCUGAAAUUAGAACAUUAUUUAAAAAGAAUUGCUUUGUGUUUUGCAAGCAAGAGGUCAUUUUGCGCCACAGGGCUCUCCUUCCCUAUCCUGCUUUCCAUCUUUACCACCUCAAGCCUCUCUUUAGAAAAUGUAAGAAUAUGGGGGCUGCAGUAGAAAGGAGACAAGAAAGCUCUGUUACACAAAUGAAAGGAUAAUCAUAUAACUUUGCACACAAGUCAUGGUGAAGCAUGAACCGAUCGCUGCUGAUAAGUAAUGGUUUUAUAAUACUAGAUCAGGUGUGUGGUGAUCCAAAGCCCUACAGGUAAGGGACCCUUAUGUUUUCCUUCUAUGUGGGGAAGUAUCCUGUGUGCCUAUAAGGAUUCCCUGUGGUGUGUAGAAUGCUCCUUGGCUCACAUGUGAAACACAACCUAAAAACCCUUAGGUAUGCAGAGCACUAUGCACUCCUUUUCAUGCUUAUGAGUUCUAGAUGACUGACACAUUUAUGGGCUAUGGAAUAUUUUUUCUGGUUUUACAUGCUACAUUUUUAGUACAGUAUAUAUUUUUGUUGUAUACAGAAUUCUAUAUUGACAUGUCUCUUAUUCUGUAACUGUUACUAGUUCACUUGUGAUCCUUGGAAAAUCAGCUGCUGUUUAUCCUCCAUCACUUUCCUCUGUACAAGCCACAUGGAAGUGCUGAAUGAAUUGUAAUAAACUGUAGUGUUCCACAUAGAACAGUGACUACAAAAGCAACCUAAUUCUAUUCCUGUUCCUGCUUAUUUCUCCUUUGGAUGGCUUUUUCAAGCAUGCCAUGUACUAUGCAUUUUUUUUUAUUGUCCAUAUUUCUUUGUUUGUCCUUCAGAAGCUGUCUUGGCGUUCCCUUUGAUCAAAUAUUGAUUGGGGCUAUCUAUAGCCUGCAUACACAGUAUAAUCUCAUUGAAACUGUUAAGAGAGAUAACCAUGAGAUUAUCUCCUUUUCUCUCCUUUCCCAGAAGGCUGCCUGCUCUCUCAUUUGAUCUAAUGGCUAAGGGUUAUAUUUCUUUUUUAUUUAUUUUGAGUAUUUAUAUUGGCAUCAUUAACCAUGAUUUUGGCUAACUAGAAGUAAAACAUGUACAGUCAGCCCUCCAUAUCCAUGGAUUUUUUAAUCCAUGAAUUCAAGCAUCCAUGGCUUGAAAAUAUUUUAAAAAUACAGUCCUCCCUCUGUUCUUGCAGUUUUGGAAACCGCGUCCCUCACUUAUGUGCAAUGGCCGAAUGGAGGGAGAAAUAAUGGGGCACGUGCUGGAGGCACCUGUGCAUGUGUUCCUACAGCCGUGCACUUAUAUUCAAGCGCCAUUGGGAAAUUCUGCAGAUGCUCGAGCCCCAUUGAAAACAGUGGGGCUCAUGCAUGCAGCACAGUGUGGCGCACGCACCAUGAACGCAUGCCAUUGCCUUUUCUGGCAUGCGGCUUUCAGCAUAAGCAGCUCUCAUUAUGGCACUAGCAUAGAAUGUGUCUGGCACUGGUAAAGAAGAUGAUCAUGUUUAUUGUCUGCAUAAUAAAACCUGAGUUUUCUUAACUGGAGAGAGCCUUACUUUGGUAACAAGUGUUAUUGUUAGUGUUUAGACAGCCUUAAGAAAUGUGAUAUGUAAGAAAAGAGCACUUGUUUGGAUCCUUAGGUGUGCUACAAUUUCCUUAAACAACUGAGUUCUGCUGCCUUAAAGCUGCACCAUCCUCAGAUUCAAGAGUGUACCACUUAACAAGUUGGCACAGAGUUGGGAAAGGAAAAUUUGAGAACAGGUUUGUUUGCAGCAAGGAUAAAAUGUAAUGUUUCUGAAGCACUCCUUUUAGAUGUUACUGUAGAAAGAUAAGUGAAACAUGCCAGUCUUUUAGCACGUUUUCAGUUUUGUUUCUUUCAUAUACAGUACUGUACUGUCUGAAGAUACUGUACACAAAAAAACCUUGUUUUGUGACUAAAUAAUGAUUCAUAGACCAGACUAAAUGUGGGAAGAUAAUUAGCUUUUGGCUAGGGCUCAGUGUCAAGUCUUUCUGAAAUGCUAAGACAGAAGUAUAUACCAGCAUUUGUGUAAAAUGUGAGUUUUUAACAUUUGGUAUAUUUAGUGUGAAAAGUUUAUGUACGUCUAAUUUGAUAGAAAAAACAAUAACAGGAUCAUAAAGAACGGUGCAAAGCAUAGAAACUCCAUGCACACUAGAAAAAAUGAUAGCUAGAUCUGUGUUCAUUGCUUAGAUUUACAGUUUUAUAGAGAUAUAAAAUGUCUGAAAAUUAUGAAGCUAUGCGCAAAAAUCCAUGGGAAAUUGGAUUUUCCAAUUUUUCAAUCCAAUUAUUCCCCAUUUUUUGAGCAAGCAAGAAGUUUUUAGAGAAUUGGGGGGAGGGAGAGAUACUAGAUGCAUUUCAGUUUGAAAAUCACUUUUUUACUUUAGGAACAUAACAUGCAUUGUGAAUGUUGUUGCUUCCCAUGAAAUUAUUAUGUUCCGCAUAUAAAAGUUUUGGUUUAUUCAGACAAUAAUUACAAAUUGAAAUUUCUUUUUAAUUGCUUUUUUAUUUUAUGUUGCAAAUGGAGCUGCAAGAUCUUGAAUCGAUUUGGUUUUGCCAGAUUAAGAGCAAGCAAAAACAAA